AUGACGUUCUCGUGGGCAGAGGCACAAGAAGUGCUGGAGGCGGCUUCAGAUCCUCAGAAGUUGGCGCAGAUUGCGGAGAAACUCUCAACAGAAGAAGAAAAAGAAUACUCAAGAAGUCUUAUAGCAAAAGAAAAAGAUGAACUUCUUCUUAAGCCCAAUCCUCGUAGAUGGGUCUUAUUACCUAUCCAGCACUCUCGUGUAUGGGAGAUGUAUAAGAAAGCGGAGGCAUCAUUUUGGACCGCCGAAGAAAUUGAUAUGCAGGCCGAUCUAAAUGAUUGGGGAAAAUUAGAUGAUAAAGAAAAACAUUUUAUUAUGCAUGUUCUUGCAUUCUUUGCUGCUAGUGACGGUAUAGUAAUGGAGAAUUUAGCGGAGAGAUUUAUGUCAGAAGUUCAAAUCCCCGAGGCGAGAAGUUUCUAUGCAUUUCAAAUUGCCGUCGAAAAUAUUCACUCCGAGACUUACAGUCUUUUAAUAGAUAAUUAUAUCCGGAGCGACGUAGAGAAAGACCGCCUCUUUAAUGCUAUUCAUAAUAUCCCUGCUGUUGCUGUUAAGGCAGCAUGGGCAGCAAAAUGGAUAAACAAAACAAAAUCUUUUGCUGAGCGUCUUGUUGCUUUCUGCUGUGUAGAGGGAAUUCUUUUCUCCGGUUCCUUCUGUGCCAUAUUUUGGCUUAAAAAGAGAGGUCUUAUGCCCGGUUUAACAUUUUCUAAUGAAAUGAUUAGUCGUGAUGAAGGAUUGCAUGCAGAUUUUGGCUGCCUUUUAUACUCCAUGCUAGAAAAUCGUCUAAAGACGGAAGUUUUGAAUAAAAUUGUUAGGGAGGCAGUAGAGGUAGAAAAGGCAUUUAUUUGUGAUGCUCUUCCUUGUGAUUUAAUAGGAAUGAAUAGCA